GGUCUAUCCCGAUUGGUGGGAUGUGAGCUGAGGGUGCUGAAGGGCCUGGAUCCCUGGGUGAUGAAUAUGGUUUUAUGUUUUAUUGUAGCAGGCGCUACCGAGAUCACCAGUAACACGGCUACUGCCUCCCUCCUCAUGCCCAUCAUGUUUGAACUGGCAAUAACUGUGGGGAUACACCCUCUGUAUUUGAUGAUGUCGGCCUGUAUUGCAUGUUCCUUUGCAUUCAUGCUUCCGGUCGCAACGCCUCCAAACGCUAUUGUGUUCUCAACAGGAACCGUGAGAAUACCGGAUAUGGCAUUGACGGGCAUCGUUCUGAACAUUUUAGCAGUAGGAGUGUUGACGCUCGCCAUCAACACAUGGGGCACGGCUAUAUUCAAGCUGGACACUUUCCCGGAGAUAUUCUUAAAUUCAACCAAAGCGUCGACGUGUCCUGGCACAGCAGCAAUCUCUGUUAUAGAUACGACCGUGUCCUUGCUUAACUCGACUUUGCCUAGUACAGCGCCAUAGAAAAACAGACUUAAGAAAGGUCGAUAAAGAAAUGUGAAUUGCAUCUAUGAGACUAUCAGUCUUGAUAAGCACACCAAGGUUUUUUUCAUAUUGUUGUGUACAGCCGUCCAAAUUUUUACAUUUCUCCUUAGCAUGUGAUAUGGAUAUCUAAAACCCGGUCGAAUCGGGAGAGAAAGAACAUUUCGAAAAAGACGAGUAAACACCUUGUACUUCACAAAGGCGUUAUCAUUUUAGUCGACCGAAAAACACCAUGCCAUUGUAUUAAUCCUAAAGAUAUGUGUUCUCAUCGAGAACGUAUCAGAUUCAAUGUUUGUUAAUAUUUAGUUUCAAUGAUAAUGAUGGUCAAACAUGUGGAUGUAAAAUCGAACAAAGUUGUGUCGCUAGAGUUGAUUGGUUGUCUGUACACUGUAGUGACGUCAUAACUUUUUUGUAAUGUUCACAAUCAUUACGGCUGGUCAUUAAUUUGCACUGGAAAUAUGGAUACUUCGGUUCACGAAAAAAAAAGCCGGUAUUUUUUUCCCCCGGAACAUAGAACCUCAUUCCAUUUUUGUUAUGUUUUAUUGGUAUUGACUUAGGAAAAUAGAUGAAGUCUGGUGGAUGUGUUGAUUUUUGACGAUUAAUAUUUUUUAAUUGAAUAAAGCUACACAAUAGGAGUAGAAUGGUCUCGAAGUUUAAUACCUGUUUACAUGUACAUGGCAUUGUUCAAGGGAAAGUAAUCAUAUUUAAGACAAACGUCUUUGUUCCAGACAUAAUGACGGUGCUGAAAACAGAUUGACGGUGUUCUAAGCAAAGACUAUGUGUGUUCCAAACAUACAUGUAUGUUGCUCAAGACAAAUUGACGUUUUCAAACGAAGUGACGACCAUGUUCAAGAAAAUGCGUAUGGUCUAGUCGGACAAAGAUAAUGUGCUCAUGAUAGUGCUCAUGAAAAUUGAACGUUUCAGACGAAGAGACCGAUUAUGAUCAAGACAAUUUCUGUAGUCCAGACCGACAAAAAGUUCAAGGCAAGUCUCAAGACAAAUUGACGUUUUCAAACGAAGUGACGAAAAUGUGUUCAGGACAGAAUAACCGUAUUCACGACAAAAUGACAGUGCUCAAUUCAAAGUUACCGGGUUCAAGAAAGACAUCUGUGUUUAGGACAAAGUGUCUUUGAUCAGGACAAAGAGUGUAAAAGACAAAGUAACCGUGCCAAAGACAAUGUUUGUAACAAAGUGACAAACGUUAUCAUGACAAAAUGCCUACGUUCUGGACAAAGUAAUUGUGGUCAAGCAAAUGUGACUGCUUUAAGACAGAAAAACUUAUUUUGUUCAGGACAAAUCAACAGUGUUCAAGAGCAAGUGAAUGGUCAAAAGAAUGCAUCUGUGUUCAAAGACAGUCUAUCAGUGUUUUCGACAAAGUUACCGUGCUCAAGCCAAAGUUUCUAUGUUUAAGAUUCAAUAAAAAAUCAAAACAAAACGUACGUUUCCAUGACGAACAUAAUGUAAUUUGAACAAAGUGAUUGUUUUGCAGACAAAUGGACUAUGUUCAAGACAAUUUGAUUGCGCUCAAGAUAAAGUUGUAUUGUUCCUUUUUGUUUUGCAAACGUCAUGCUGAAUUUUUGUGAUGUUAGCAUGUUAGCAUUGCAAAUCUUAUUACAUUACAUAGUGUAAAUUUUAAAUUUGAUAAAUAUAUAUGAAAAAUAUUUUUGUU